UAUUUCUACUUUAAUGUGCGCAAAUUUUCUUAUUGAGUACGCACUAGUUGAUGAAAUAAUUUUUCUUUAAUAUUUUUGUUAUUUAUUCUAUUAAAAUUUAAUUUUGAGAAAUUCUAUCUCUAUUUCUUGUCUCAUUCUUAUAUUUACUCAAAUCUGAACUUCCGAUCCAUACUCUAAAUGUCAAUUUGACAAUUGUUGAAUGAUGUAUUGUGAUAUGAUAUUGAUGUUGAAUAAAUUAAAAAAAUUAAAAUGGAGAAAGAUGAUUUGGUGAAAAUAAAAUUCUACGGUGAGAAUAAAUGAAAAUUCAACCUCGCGAUAAUGCGAGAAGAAAACUGUACAUCAUACUGAUCAUUGAUAAGGACCAUCAAAUAGGAAAUUUCCAAUGAACGUUCCACUAUAUGGACUUCUUGGAGUUGUAGCUGCUUUAUUAGUAUAUAUUGUUGGAAUUGGAAUGAUUGUGAAGUUAUUCAUUUGUCUACUUGCCUUAAUUUUAGGAAUAAUGACAUGUAUAUAUAGAACAUAUGGCGCAAAUCUUGACAAUGCAGUUAAAUCUGAAAGAGAAGACUUAGAUAAGAAGACUGAAAAGUUACGACAGUAUAUUCUAGAUCUAUCUAAACAGAAGAUGACUUUUACUUUAGAUAGAAGAAUCACUGGCAGCCGUAUUAUUGAUGAGUCCCUGCAAGAAAUAUUAGAUUUUGUAAUCAGAGAUUAUGUGGAACCAUGGUACAGCGUUAUUACAGAUGAUGAAGAGUUUAUAUAUUCUGUUCGAGAUACUGCUCAAAAAAUAGCUAUCAAUAUUGCAAAUCGAGUGAAAGGUGUAGAUUGGAUACCAUAUUUAACCACACGCCUCGUAGACGAUGCAGCUUCUCAUGUUAGGUUGUAUAGACAAGCAAGAGCAAGAAUAAAACAACUUCGAACGAAAAAAGUACAGAAAGGUAGUACCAGUUCAAGUACUUCUAGUGGUACUCCUAAAAAGAUACCAACGCACAGACGAAAUAAAAGCGAAACGGAUGUAUUUUGGUAUUCCCAAUCUAAGUUUUACAUUCCCAAUUUAUGCUCUCUUACUGAACCCAUUGAAAGUAAUGAAGAAAAAGAGGAAGAAUCAUUAGAAAAAAUAUUCUUUGAUUUGGAAGUACAAAUGGAAAAUAAUUUGAUUUGUAGAGAUCUUUUGUGCACUAAUAGUACUCAAGAACUCGAAUUUCUGGGAGAAAUAUCUGAAAUUUUGUUAUAUCUUGUGUUACCAAAGGGAGACUUUGAUUGCUUGACUGUGAGAUUUAUUUUGAGGGAAUUGUUAGUAAACGUGAUAAUUAAACCAUUAUUGGAUUUAUUUUCUGAUCCUGAUUAUAUUAAUCAGGCGUGUAUAUGGCUGUGUGCUAAAGAAGGUGGUUUACCCAGUGAUGUGUUUCUAACAGUGAUCAAAGUAACGGAUAGCUUAGAUGAAUUAACAGCGACAAAAAAUAUAGUUUGUAAAGAAAUAGCUCAUCUUCGUUCUAAAGAUUCUGGGGGAGAGGAUGAUCUAUUAGUAAAACAACAAUUAAACAGUUUGCUUUAUGUAAAAAAAAUUCUGGAAACUAGGAUUAUCGGAAUGCAGGAAGGAUUGGAAUCUGAGGCUGAUGGAAUUGGUGCUCAGCCUGAUUGGAAUAGGCUACUGAUACCCGGACAAAAACUAGUGAAUUUACCUCUAGAUGAAUUGUUAAAAAAUAAUAUUGCAUUAAGUUACUUCAUUGAUUAUAUGACUUCCAUAAAUGCAGAAUCGUAUCUGUUUUUUUAUCUGAAUAUUUAUGGUUGGAGAGUUUCAGCAGAACAACAGAUAUCGAAUAUAGAAUUACAAAAGCUACAUGCAGCCCAAACAACUCCUGGUCUUAUGGGUACUAAACGUAAAAAUACAGAUUUGGAAAAUUUAAAGGAAGCAGCUACUAAAAUCUAUCAGCAAUAUCUCGGUGAUAAAGCAUCUCUCAAGUUACAAUUGGAUGAUGCCUUAAUAAAAACUUUAUUGAAUAGAAUAAGAACUGAGUCUGUGAAAGAAACAUGGUUUGAUGAUCUUAGAGUUUGUUGUUAUGAAAAAUUGCAAAAUGAAGAUCGAUUCCUACCAGGUUUUAAAAAGUCUGUAGCUUAUGUAAAACUUCUCGCUGAAUUAGAUCUUUUGAAAGAUCCAACAUCUGAAGAAGAUACAAAAUCUCUGGACAGUAUUAGUUUAUCAAGUACGAAUAAUGAAUUGGAAACUUUGGAUGAAAUAUCUGAGAUAUAUAAAUCUGAAGACACUAAAAUUGAAUUAAAGGACAGUAAAUUAAAAUCUAACUCUUCUACAAGUUUAGCUAGCAUUAUAGAGCCAAAUGAAAACAGAACAAUUGAACCUGAUUCUGAAAUUAACAUGAGAACUAUGAAAAGCAUACGGAAGGCAGCAAGCAUGGAUACAGAUCAUAUUACUGAGGGUAAAGACAUUUCUUUUUUCUUGGAAUCGAAUGUAGAUCAAUUUGUUAAAUUAGAUGAGAAUACUUAUGAUCAGAAUGCCAUUAAGAAGCUACAGCAAGGAAAAUUUGAAAUAACUGCAAAAAUUAUUGAGACUGGUAUAGUUAACGAUCGUGGAAAAACUUAUGGAAUCUACGCAGUGGCUGUAACUAAAAAUUAUGAUUCUGGUUAUCAAGAAAAAUGGCACAUUUAUAGAAGAUAUUCUGAUUUCUACAAUCUUCAUCAAAAAAUUAAAGAAAAAUAUUACGAUCUGGCAAAAAUUCCUUUUCCGGCAAAAAAGGCAUUUCAUAAUAUGGAGAGAACUGUUUUGGAAAGAAGAAUGUUGAUGUUGAACGCCUGGUUGCAUCAAUUAACGAAACCAGCUAUUGUCGAGGGACAUAUGGGUUUACAAAAUUUGUUAUUGAACUUUUUGGAACAAGGGGAUUACGAUAAAGGUGUUACCGGCGGACAGAUAUCCAAAACAAUAGAUACUCUGAUGAAUCCAUUAAAAACGUCAAUGAAAACCGUAACUCAAGCAGUGAAAACUAUGCCAGAUAAUAUGUUGAAUACUGUAGAUGGAGUUAUGGAUAAUAUAAGUAAACUUUUUGGCAAUCCAAAGAAAUCAAGCGCCUUAUAUGAAAACACUAAAGUUGGUGCUAGUCUAGAUGUGGAGACCGACGAUAACAUUCCUUUACGAAUAAUGUUGCUUUUAAUGGAUGAAAUCUUUGAUCUAAAAGUAAGAAACCAAUGGCUUAGACGAAGAAUAAUUACGUUACUGAGGCAAAUCAUUCGUACAAUGUUUGGAGAUAUAGUAAAUCGAAGAAUAGUCGAGUAUGUUUCUUUACUAACAAGUCCAGCUAGAGUAGCAGGCUAUUUAAAAUUAUUUAAGAAUAGUUUUUGGCCCAAUGGAAUUAAAGCCGACAAGAAACCGCCCAGAGAUACAGAAAUGAAAAAUAGAACAAGAGUAGCAGCCAAGAUUGCUCUUCUGUCAUGUCUUUCGGAUGAAUUGAAACAUAUCAUAGGCAGUGAAACAACCAGGAAAGGCCUUCUGAGAGUAUUUGAACUUUUUCAACGACCUGUGCUCAAUAGGAGACUUCUGUACGUGCUUCUAGAAGGAAUUAUAGAGACUCUGUUUCCUCAGAAUAAUUUGGUGGAUAUUUUCCGAAAACUUUAUUCAGUUUCACCACGAGUACAAAACAAAAACUAUAAAAAAUCUUAAGAUCUAAUAAUGUUCUUUGGAAUUUAACAAGUUUAUGAAUCUUUUCAUAACGAAUUCUAUCUGCGCCAAAGAACAGGAACUAGAUAGUGGAAUAAAUGAUUAUUAUGAUUAUUCAACAUUUUUGGGUGAGCAAUUGAUUUCUCUCUGAUUGUAAAUGAUUUGGAGAAAUCAUUUAGACGAAUAGAUAGUUCACAGAAAAAAUUAGGGGAACCAAUAUUCAUGCCUAGAUGAAUUGUAAAAUAUAAAGGACGUUAAUCCAUGCUCAUGUGAAAAUUAUCUAACUUAUUAAAAUUAAGCGAUCAUGUACAUUAUUAUCUCAGUCCAUUUCAUUGCAAUAAGUGAAAAAAGAAGAAUAAAGAACAAAAAUCGUUUUUCAAACUGGGAACAAAUUGAAAGUUUAAAAAAAACUUUCUGAACCAUAAUCUUUCUAUUUCUAAUAUGUAUAUUCAAGUAAAAAAGUGCAGUAAUUCAGUGGCCAAAUAAGUCUAAUAAACGAUAUAAUUAUAAAAAAAAAAAAAAUGCACGAAUUAAUUCGAGCACUUUCAACAGUAGGUUUCGACUUAACGAAUCUCUUAAUUAUUUCACACAUAUUUAAGGAUAUUGUGCAUUCCAAUUUGCAUUUCAACGAUGUACUUCACACUAAAAUAUGAAAAAAAGAAAAGAACACUUUUUACACGUGUACUAGAAGACCAACUUUUUCACGACGGCGUUAUUCUUUAUCAUACAAACCGUCGCGAAUAUAUACUUAAUUCGUAAAAGAUUUUCAAUGUAUUGUGCCAUUUUAAAUCCGCAUGUAGUAAGGGAAAAAAGGUAAUAUAAAAUUUCUAUUUAUUUUGAAUUUUUUUGGAGAAAAUCUCUUCGGUAAGUUAUAAGUUUGUAAAAUGUUAAUUUAAUUCUCUUGUCGUUAAUGAAUAAUUAUUUUCAACGACAGUGUAAAAUUAUUGUAAAUGUCGUACAAUUGUAUAUAUACAUAAACGUUAUUUCUAUCGUGUUAAGGCGCCAUAUCUGUCAUCGUUUACUUAUUAUUAAAGAAAUUGUUUAUA